UUCCUAAUGGUAAAUGACACAAAGAUUUCGUGUUAUGCUGAUGGUGGUGGACGGAGAGGCUUAACAAAAGAAAAGAUGGUUACAUUAGCAAAAGUUGAGUACUUCAUAAUUACACGAAUAACAACUACAAUGCAUAGCAUUGACAACAUAACGUUCGCUUGUUAUACAAAUAGUAGUUCUACGGCAAUCACAUACAAAUGGUAUUUCAACGACAGUGUUAUUGCAAGUGGAAAGAAACAAAUGUUGGUGAAUUCACAAUCAAUAGGAUUUCUUACCUUAAGCAACUUACGACCAAAGGACAAAGGAUUUGUUACUUGUGAAGCCUAUUUCGAAAUCUUGAGAAUUGCUAAAAAACGGAUUGACUUUUCUGUCUCAACGAUCCCUCGGGUGACAAUAGCUUCAGCUCAAGUUGCAGAUAUCGAUAGCCAGGUAGCAUACAGCUGUAGAAGUAGUGUUAAGAAUGCUGAUGUUUAUGUAUCUUUCCCAAAUACAGAGAGCAUAAAACCUGGCGAAAACAGAUCAAGCUACAACGGAGAAUUUACAAUAAAAUCUGACACCAAGAUUUCUUGCUACUCCAAACACAAUUUUCUUCAAGGCUCCGUCGUAGAGACUACAGUGUUCGCAUCAAAAGGUGAAAAAUCAUGUGAGGCAGAAACUGCAGAAAAACUCGUUUGGCCCAAAACACUCUCUAAGAAGAAUGCCACGGUUUCAUGUCCAGAAGGUUUCGAAGGAAGUGUUACAAGACAAUGCAACAAAGAUGGCCAAUGGGAGAAUUUUGAUCAAGCAGGUUGUGCAAAGACUGAAAUUAUCGAUGCGAAAGCUGAUGUAUGUAUAAAUAUAUGUGUGUUUAUAUAUGUUUUAUUUCAUUUUAUUUUGAUUUUUUAAUUUAAUUGUGGACAU